GUUGCUAGCAGAAACCAAAGCAGAGAGGAUUCGUAGCAGUAGUAUCCUAAGGGCUAGGAGGGUGCCGAAGUGUCGAAUGGGUGGGAGAGGAGCGUGACCAAUUAUCGCGCGAUAUCACGUCGCGGUGUUCCUCCGGCUGCUAGGCGAACGGUGCCAGUCGAUAACGGCUGGUCUAUACGCUAUUUGUACUUGGUCGUAUCGAGGUAAUCGAUAAUAAUAAUUGCAGCUCGUGGUCUUGGAGGCAGCCCUCCUCCACCUCUUGGAACGGCCCUACAAGCGGAUGGGGUUGCGAAUCUUGCUCGGGGUAAAAGAGUGUUUGUAGGGGAGAGGUAGAGAGAAAAGGCACGCGUGCGGAGGAAGAACGCCUCGACGAAUGGGAUGAAGAGGGUGGUUCGUGGGCAGGGCAUAGGAACCGGCGUUCGAAAGGUUCCGCCCUCGAAAAGGUAUGUAGGGAAAGAGGGAGAAACAGUGUGAGAAGGGGGGGAGACAGAGAAAGAGAGAGAGAGAGAAAAAGAGAGGAGAGAACGACUGAGAAAAAGAGAGAGAGAGAGAGAGAGAGAGAGAGAGAAAGAACGAUUGAGAGAGAGGGACGAAGAUAAAAGAUGUCUCGUGGCAAGCUGUUUCUACGUUCAGUCGACAUCGGUACUUCUUUCGGGAACGUUCGAAUACUGUCCGUGUUUUCUUUCACAAAAAAAAAAAAAGAAAAAAGAAAAAGAGCACAAAAACAGAAAGGGACACAAGGAGGAAGAAAAAGCACGCAAAGAAGUGAAUGAGAAAAUUUAUUGAAAAUUGAUGUAUGGAUUGUGAAGUGAAUUUAGGAAAAAAAAUUUCACAUAUCUUUGUUAUUUUAUUAUUAUAGAAAAGAAAGAACCGGAGAGUUAAUAAAGAAUAUUCGAAGAGUGAAUUUGAAUUUCCAUCACGGAAGGAAUUAUGAUGAGCACUCACCAACACCCGAGUUAUGGAUUUCUCUCGGGUAUGGAUUUACACUCGGUGCACCAUGUGAAUCAAGAAAUGAGCGCGAGCGCACAACAGAACGUCGUAACAGCGCAAGAACAACAUAUAAAAAGACCGAUGAACGCGUUUAUGGUAUGGUCGAGAAUACAACGAAAGAAAAUUGCUUUAGACAAUCCGAAAAUGCAUAAUUCAGAAAUAUCGAAGCGUCUCGGUGCGGAAUGGAAACUUCUUUCAGAUGCGGAAAAACGACCGUUCAUUGACGAAGCCAAACGAUUACGUGCUAUGCAUAUGAAAGAACAUCCAGAUUACAAAUAUCGACCACGAAGAAAACCAAAGGUACCGGUAUCAGUAGUUUCUGGUAAACCAGGUUCCAUGAAUCCUGGGGGGUUUCCAAGUUUUCCCCUUCCACCAUAUUUUGCUGCACCGACAGCUCCAGUUUCUCAUCAUCAUCAUCAUCAUCAUCCACAUCCACUUGACUAUCCACCUUUGUCACCAUAUUUUGGAUCUGCCUUCGAUGCCGUUCAUUUGAGCAAGCUCGUUGCUAGCGGUGGUGCAUCAAGUGCCUCGAGUUCGAACUGUGCGGCAGCCGCAGCCGCGGAAGCGACAAGUAACAGUGCAGCCUCCGCUGCGGCUGUUGUCAGUAGCUUCUAUUCUGGAUUAUAUUCCACGGCAGCAUCACCUAUAAAAACUUAUCACACCCCCUCGACUCAUCUUGGGCCUUUAUUCUCAAGUGGUCAUCACGCGCCACCGGGAUCAAGUCAAUCAACGCAUCCAUCCCUUGUAUUUCCAUCGACUUCAUCUAACGGAACUGGAAGUAUCGUCACGACGACCAGCAGUCCCGGAAGCAGUCCAAGAUCACCUCCAGUGCCGUCCACACAACACAGUCAUCAACAACUCGUAACACCCACGACUACGCCAAGCCUUGAUCUCGAUCAACAUCGUAGACCGGUCUCCGUCAUUUUUUAAUCUUUUUUCAAGCCUUCUCUUUUAAUCGAUACAGCGAAUGAUUACUUUAAAUGAUAUUUGAUCACGUGUAUUCUUCGUCGACAGUCCUGGUUCUCUUUCAAUCUCAAGAGGAUACCUACCUACGACGCGAAUAAUUUAAUUAUCAUAAUUGCAAUGUUGAUAAAAAGUAAACGAUCAUUUAGGCGGGGUUUUUGCAGAUUUCUUUUUUUUUUCAAUUCUAUCUUGUUCAUUCUUUAUCCCCCCACCCGCCCCCCCAUCUUUGUUCAAUCUGUAUCCCUUUUCUGUUCUGCUUCUGAAUACAUUUAUAUUUUUUUCUAAUAAUCAUGCUUGCAUAUUUGUAUUAAGAACGCGAUCGUUUUAUUUGCCGAAGUUUCAAAGAUCGAAUUAUUUUUCUAUUCUUUUUAUUUACUUUUAAUCGUUCGCUGAAUUUCAUUGUUACUCCCAAUGAUCUUUAGAAAUUAAUAAAGGAUUGGCUAGUCAAGAUUUUCACAAAUAACGUGAUUUUUCGUCGUUAGUUAUAUAGCUUUAAUUACAAUUAUGUAAAUAACAUGUAAAACUGAUAAACAAUUCGAACGAGAACAAUUCUUCUUAGGAUCUAUUGAAUUCGACGAUUUUUUAUCAA